ACCAAGACGGCUCUGCGUGGGUCUGGGUAGCUCGUCACGACAAAGCAAAACUUAAGACAAUAAGCGUUGCGACUUUCCUGCUAGCUGCGAGCUUCACAGCUCAGCCAUCCCCUGAGCAACCGCCCACGGGAGGACGCCUUCCGGAGCGCGCGUGUUUACACUUUUUCUGCACCCAGUGGAGGAAACAGGCGCUCCCGAACCACGGGGUAUUCCAAACCGUUACUCCGCCCGCCGGGGUGGGGCCAGCACAACGGCCGAGCCUGCGCAGCCGCAGCUCGCGCGCACUACAAGUCCCAGAAGGCAGCUCUCCGUGGGGGCGGGCCGCCGCCUUACCGGCCUCGGGCUCAUUUCUACCACUGCUCUCCCCCUCCCUGGUCCCCGCUGGUGUCCUUUCCACAGUUAAAGGCUACUUUCCCUUGAAACACAUGAGGAGAAGCCUUAGCAACCUCGCUACCGAACUUCUUCGCGCGCUCGCUUUUUCUGCCUCUGCACCAACUAUGCCUGAGUCCCUCACAGGAGUUGGGUAGUGGAGGCGAAACAAGGAAGUCUUUGUAGACCAAAGCUGGGACAAUCCGCUCGGACUUCCGCCUCCUGGCCUCCGGAAGGCAGUGCGCACGCGCGCGCUGCGACUCCGGCGCGGUUGACUUCCGCUCCCACUGUGCUCUGCGAGCCGAAUCAUGGAUCACACUGACAAUGAGUUACAAGGCACUAAUAGUUCUGGAUCCUUGGGUGGUCUUGAUGUUCGCAGACGAAUUCCUAUAAAGCUCAUCUCCAAGCAAGCAAACAAAGCAAAACCUGCACCUCGAACUCAAAGGACUAUAAACAGGAUGCCUGCAAAGGCUCCACCUGGUGAUGAAGGAUUUGAUUAUAAUGAAGAAGAACGGUAUGACUGUAAAGGGGGUGAGCUGUUUGGAAAUCAGCGGAGAUUUCCUGGACACCUUUUUUGGGACUUUCAGAUAAACAUCUUAGGUGAAAAGGAUGAUACACCAGUUCAUUUCUGUGACAAAUGUGGAUUGCCUAUUAAAAUCUAUGGGCGAAUGAUUCCAUGCAAGCAUGUUUUUUGCUAUGACUGUGCUAUUUUACAUGAAAAAAAGGGAGAUAAGAUGUGUCCAGGCUGUAGUGAUCCUGUGCAGCGAAUUGAGCAGUGUACACGAGGUUCUCUCUUCAUGUGUAGCAUUGUUCAAGGGUGCAAGAGAACAUAUUUGUCUCAGAGAGACUUACAGGCUCAUAUCAACCAUCGCCAUAUGAGAGCUGGAAAACCUGUUACCCGUGCUUCACUUGAAAAUGUUCAUCCUCCUAUUGCCCCACCACCAACUGAAAUCCCCGAUCGUUUUAUAAUGCCACCAGACAAGCACCAUAUGAGCCAUAUUCCGCCAAAGCAGCACAUCAUGAUGCCACCACCUCCUUUGCAACAUGUGCCACAUGAGCACUAUAAUCAGCCACAUGAGGAUAUUCGAGCUCCUCCAGCAGAAUUGUCCAUGGCUCCACCUCCACCUCGAUCGGUCAGUCAGGAAACCUUUCGUAUUUCAACAAGAAAACACAGCAAUUUAAUAACCGUCCCUAUUCAGGAUGACUCAAAUUCAGGUGCUAGAGAACCACCACCUCCUGCCCCAGCACCUGCUCACCAUCAUCCUGAAUAUCAGGGUCAACCAGUGGUAUCUCACCCUCAUCAUAUUAUGCCUCCACAGCAACAUUAUGCACCACCCCCACCUCCUCCACCACCAAUAAGCCAUCCAAUGCCACAUCCUCCCCAGGCUGCAGGUACUCCUCACUUGGUAUAUAGCCAAGCUCCACCUCCACCAAUGACCUCUGCUCCACCACCAAUAACCCCUCCCCCUGGACAUAUUAUUGCCCAGAUGCCACCUUAUAUGAAUCAUCCUCCUCCAGGACCUCCCCCACCUCAACAUGGUGGUCCACCUGUAACUGCACCCCCUCCUCACCAUUAUAAUCCUAACUCAUUACCCCAGUUCACUGAAGAUCAAGGAACUCUGAGCCCUCCAUUUACACAGCCAGGGGGAAUGAGUCCUGGUAUAUGGCCUGCACCAAGAGGGCCACCUCCUCCUCCACGAUUGCAGGGCCCGCCUUCUCAAACCCCACUUCCUGGACCACAUCAUCCAGAUCAGACGAGAUAUAGACCGUAUUACCAAUGAUGAUAGUAUUUUGAACUGAAGAUAUGAGGAGGAAAAACAACUUAUGUAUAGUCAAUCUUUUAAUUAAGCUUUGACUGUUUGGGGAAGGAAAAGUACCUCUUACGGAGGUAGUAUAAAACACAUAGGGUCUUGUUUCUUAAAAUGGUUUUGAAUCUUGACCUUAGGAUUGAUUUCAAGUACCAUACUGUAGUACAGAUAAGUGGCUGAGUUGAGCACAGCUGUAUUUUAACAUCUUUGUUCCCCUAGUUUAGUAAAUUGACCUAGAGGUGACCAUUUGUAAAAAAUUUGAAAAAAUUUUUUGUUGUUUUACUUCACAAGUAUUGUUUUGUUAAACCCAAUGUUUAAUUUUUCUUGUGAUACAUUUUGUUAACCUGUGUAAAAGGAUUAAAUUUCAAUAUGGUUGUAAAAAUGCUAUUUUUAUGUGAAUUUAAGUGCAGCCACGUACUGUUUUUUAAAUCAUAUGUUUUACCACUAAUUUCCCAAAGUUACAAUAAAACCCUAAAAGUAAAACUCUACUAGAAUUUGCAUAAGGCAGACUGUUAAAUGAUAGAGAAUUAUUUCACAUUUUAGGCACUGAAAUUUAGAGGUUUUGAGGUAUAGUAAGUAUACAAUGCACUUCAUUUGGAUGCCUUUUCAUUUUUAGGCAGCCUCAGGAGCACCAAAAUACAUUGGAAUUCUACUACUAAGACAUAUUUGUAAUGUUAAAAGGCAUUACUAAUUAUUUGGAAAGAUAAGGCCAAAGUAAUCAGCUCUACAGACUUCAAGUUGUUGGGGGAAUACUGUUACUUAUUAAUGCUUUUUUACUGAAUGGUUGGAAUCACAUAUGCACCACACAUAUUGAUCUUAAGUAACAUUAUUUUAUAAAACUGUUUAAAUGGUGUUAUUUAGAUGAAAUGUGUUCUGUUUUGUUCAUUGUCUUAAACUGAAUAGGGCCGAAUAGGCUUUAUGUAAUUCCUCAUUUCAUGUUAGAGUUUGAUCCUGUGUUAAGUGGGUUUAUAGGAUUUUCAACUACAGUUUGAAUGCCAUGGAGGAGUUUGAAUAAUGUAUUAAUGAAGGACAUAUUCUUGUAAUCACGAAUUUGCAUUUGCUCAGGUUUUCAUUGCUGUGUGAUAGGGUUUUUCCUCUAACUUGAAAUUUAAAAACUUUCAUUUCCUAUUCCUUUUGUUGGUAAAGCAGUCUGAAUUUGUAACAUUUUAGCAUGGAGUCAACAGUGAAGACUACCAGAUAAUUUUGUGUUGCAGAAGAGGAAAGUAACAGCUAAAUUGUGGAUUUCAGUGCUUUAUAUGGUGCCUUUAGGGUCAGAUUUUACAUUAUAGGGGCUUGUUAUAGUUCAGCUAAGAUGACCACUUAACAGUUUAUACAGAACUCAUAUGUAUAAACCAACAUUCUUAGGAUAUUAUUUAUAUCCUUUGAAUAAAUCCCUGUGAAAUUUUUCCUCCCCACUAAAAUGGUGCAUAAUAAAACAUGAAAUGUGUAGUAUGCAGAUAUCAUUUAUUAGAUAGUUUGUAGUGUAUACAUUUAGGACAUAUUUCUUUUGACAAAGGGUGAACUGAUUGCUAAUUUACCAUUUUAUUCUGUCAGGUACAGGUGAAACAAAUUCUCGAAUGAUCAGAUGCAAAAUUAUUUCUGAACCCUAGAGCAGAAGUUAGAAAUAAUAAAAUAACUGUUUCAAUCUUGACUGGCCAAAAAUAACUAAUAGGCUUUUAAAAGUCAAGCUUAAGUGAUUUUCUACACUUAGCGGUUUGAAAGUCCAGUGUUAAUGCAAUAUUUCUAGUGAGAAAUGCUUGUUAUUAAAAGCAUGGGAGUGAAAUAGUAUGAAAUGUUGGUGGUGAGUGCUUCUUUCAUAUUACUGUAGGUACUUGGACUGGUGCAAACUUGAUUCCUUUUCAUGCCCCUGUUUAGGAGAUAUUAAAAUAUAACUUAAAAAUUUAAACCAUUUUUGUUCCAUGUAAUAAGAAAAUAACCAAAUUCACUUUAGAGCUUCUCGACUAUUUAUAAAGAGAUCUCCUGCUUUUAUUGAAAUUCACUAGAGUUGAAUGUGGUAAGAAGCCAUUUAGCCUGUGUAUUGGAUGAGAAAAUCAGUAUCAUAAAAUUUCAAAUUAAGAAUUCUUGUAGGGUUUUAAAAAAGUGUUUUAUUUUCAAUUAGGUUUAAGAAAUCUAUGUUAUGCAGGAGGAAUAUCAGAUGAAUGUCUUGUAGCAGAAGUUUAAAAUCGUGUUAGACUUGAAUUCAUCAAUUGUUUGAAUGAGGGUGGGUGGGUAGAAGGAUAACAAAAUUACUGUUAGUGUUUCUUAAGGAAAAAGAUGUGAAUCCCAGCCUUAUUUCAGGGAAGCCUUUGAAGCUAUGAUGGACAUAAGUCUAAAUUAAAUGUAUGUAUGUUUCAUUAUAUUGCUCUUAAGACUACUGAGGUGGCAGUUUAAUUCUUAAAAACAAUAAAAUGGAAGCAUAAAUACUAUUUUGCCUAGAUGAAUUUUUAUGUAUUGGCACAUUUGGGAGAAUGCAGAAUUUUCCAUGUUUAUGUUGAAACAACUUUCUACAGUAAAAUUACGUUCACUUCUAAAAGAUUAAAA